AUGGAGCCUUCUGAAGAACCUAGUCAGAUUAGCAAAGAUAACUUUUUAGAAGUUCCUAGUUUAUCUGAUUCUCUUUCUGAAGAUGAAGAAGUUAAAGCUACCUUCAGACCUGGCUUCUCCCCACAACCUAGCAGACGAGGUUCUGAUUCAUCUGAAGACAUUUACCUGGACUCUCCACCAUCAGGUGCAAGAAGAGUUUCAUUUGCUGACACCUUUGGAUUCAAUCUUGUGUCUGUUAAAGAGUUUGAUUCCUGGGAAUUACCGAGUGGUUCAAUUGAUUUUGACUUAAGGAAGGACGUUUUCCACACAGAAGAAUAUGUUUUAUCUCCACAAUUUGUCUUGCCUUCUUCAAAAGAAGAGCUUAUGCAACAACUUCAAGUACAGAAAGCGAUACUGGAAUCAACCGAGUAUCCUCCUGGAUCUACAAGUAUGAAGGGCAUUAUUCGAGUUUUGAAUAUUUCUUUUGAGAAGUUAGUAUAUGUGAGAAUGUCCUUAGAUGACUGGCAGACAUAUUAUGAUAUAUUAGCAGAAUAUAUUCCAAAUUCAUGUGAUGGUGAAACUGACCAGUUCUCCUUUAAGAUAUCAUUGGUUCCUCCUUAUCAAAAAGAUGGCAGUAAAGUUGAGUUUUGUAUACGUUAUGAAACUUCUGUUGGUACAUUUUGGUCAAAUAAUAAUGGCACAAAUUAUGUAUUGGUUUGUCAAAAGAAAGAACAAGAGCCGGAGCCUGAAAAACUACAGGAAGACGUUCCUAAUAGACAAAUAAAAGGCUGCUUAAAGGUAAAAUCAAGUAAAGAAGAAUCAUCGGUAACAUCAGAUGAGAAUAACUUUGAGAAUUCAAAGGUUACAGAUACCUAUAUCCCAACAAUUGUUUGUUCUCAUGAGGACAAGGAAGACUUGGAAACCAGUAAUCAAAAUGUAAAAGAUGUAAACAGGGAACAGGAUGAACGUAAUGAAAAAGAAUUAGAGCCGAUGAUAAACCAACACUUGCUAAGAAGUACUGCUUCUGGAGAUGAAAAGAAUACAGUCAAUUUUCCAAAUAAAGCUGAGAGGUUAGAGAAGAAGCAAAUCCAUGGUGAUGUAUACACUGAGUUGUUUAAAAGGCCUUUGUCUUCAAGUUCAUCAGCAGAAAGAUCCUUAAAGGGAGAUUUUUACCACAAGGAAAAAUAUUUCUCAGGAAAUGAGCAUACUUAUCAACCUUCAGAGGAAUUUACUUCAGAUACAGGAGAAAUCAAGCCAUCACUGGGAAAUACUAGUAGUGAUGAAGUAGUACAAUUACAUGUUAGCAGCAAAGAAGUACUGGACAAUAAUGCUAAUCCAGCCAAAGGGAGAGGCAGAGUGCAAAUGUCUUGUCCCUCUGCAGACCAACUAAUGGCAGACAACCUUAACAAAAAACUUGAAGGAGAAGCUAAAGAAAUUGAAGUAAAAGAUUGGGAAUGUUUAAGAGAUGACUUUCGCUUGGAUUUCCACUCAGGAAAAUUGAUAGAAAAAGGAUCUUCCAAGAAAGAUUAUGGCAAUAGAAAGAAUGAGGAGGAGGAGCAAAGAAUAUAUUUAGGUGUUAAUGAAAAACAAAGCAAAAGUUUUCAAUCAGUCUUACAUGACCAAGAAAGAAAGAUGAGCCACUCUGAAAUAAGUGUGGAAGGGAUGGGAGCCAGUAACAGAGACCUAACUGCUCUGCCGAGUAAAGACACCACAAUUCACGACCAGUCAAUCAGAGCAGAUACGUUUCAUUCACCAAGGACAAAUCUAAGCCUGGAGGAAACUGUGUCAGCGACCUCAGACUGUGAUCUCUCGGCUAGCAAAGGCACUAGUCUAGGAGGGAUGCCUGGUCAAGCUGGUUCACCAAGAAAUGGAAAUGUUUUGAGGAAUAAGUACCUUUUCCAAGCUGAAGAAGAAAAAUCAGUUUGGAUUAAUCCUGAAGAUCAGAAUAAGAACACACAGCAUAAACAAAGUUGGAAUGUUCUGGAAAGUCAGGAAAGAGCAAGAGGGAGUAAGACAACUAUAACAGAGCAGUCCAAAGAACAAGCAGAUUAUGAAGACAUGUGGGGAAAAAGAGAUGAUACAAGGAGCUUGAAAGUUAAUCCUACACAAGAAUUGUUUACCUGCCAAGAAACAGCAAGCUGUGAACUGUCUUCUCUAGCUGAUCAUGGUAUUACUGAGAAAGCAGAAGCAGGUACAGCUUAUAUGAUUAAGACAACAUCAGAAAGUACUCUAGAAUGCAUGUCUGCUAGAGAAAAAGCAAUAAUUGCUACGCUACCUCAAGAGACAGCACGAAGUGACAGGCCCAUCGAGGUAAAGGAAACAGCGUUUGAUCCACAUGAAGGGAGAAAUGAUGAUUCACAUGAUACCCUUUGUCAACGAGAUACAGUAGGUGUAAUCUAUGACAAUGAUUUUGAAAAGGAGUCAUGUUCAGGUAUUUGUAAUGUACAUGUAGAUGAAAAGGAGAAGGAAGAAACCAUAGCUAUAUACAAUCCUGGGAAGACACAUGACAAGAAGAAAUGUGUCAUUGGGAAUACAACAUCUGUAGAAGAAUCCUCACAGGUCAUUACAGACAAUCAAAAAGCAGCCUCAAAACUAGAUAUACAUUUGGGAAUGUUACCAACAGACAAAAAAAUACUUCCAGAAAAUAGAGAUCAUGAGCAGGUCCAAGAAUUAUCAAAGAGAACAAAUAUAGACGUCAUUAUUCAUUCUUCUUUAAACUCAGACACUAAUAGAACUUCUCAGAAUGGCUCUCAGGUUUCCAAUCACCAUGCUAAAAGUUCGGUGUCAUCUCACGAACAGGCCACUACUAUAGAGCAUGCAACUACUACCAUGACGCUCCAAUCUACUUCUAAGUCAGAAUAUAAUUGUAAUCCAACAAGUGAAAUCCAGGGUACUGAAAAGCACUCUCAUCCUGUAUCUCCACUGGAAGAAGUUUCUAAAAGUUCAGGAAUAGUGACAUCAGGUAGUACAAAGGAAAGAUGUAUAGGCCAGAUUGUCAAACAAGGAGAAUGCAGUGUGGAGAAACCUCUAGGGCCAACGAUUUUAAUCAGUGAAGCUUCUGAGAACAUAGAAGGGGUAAGGCAUGAAAAUGAAGGAUUAAUAAACUCUGGACAAUCACUGUACUCUUCAGGCGACAAGGAAUCUGACAGCCCUGCUUCUGAUAGUCUCCCUGCCCAGGAAAGUCAAUCUCAAAGUGAAUCUCUGCUUUCAAAAUACAUCAACUCUAAAGUACCUUACUUCCUUUUGUUUCUGAUAUUUCUUGUAACCAUCUAUCAGUAUGACUUAAUGAUUGGCUUGGCAUUCUAA